ACCCACUCCUCCUUCUAUGCCAGAACAUCCACGUUCUGACAGGUCGUCUGUCAAGUCCUGUGAACUUCGGUGCUUCUCAAACGUAGACGCUUUAUACAUCGCCAGGCGGGGCCAAGUUGCCCUCCCUGCUCUGCCUCCCCUCGUCUCACUCGAAUCCUGUCUUCUGGCGUAGGAUGUACCAGCCCUCGCGAGAGGUAGCGUUCGCGAUUCAGGAUGCGGGCGUAGUGGAAAUGAGCGACCUCAACAAAGUUCCAGAUACGGAGGUAGUGGUAUCUGCUGUUACCCCGCUGAAGAGGGAAGAUCCUAUUGUGACCCGGAAGGAACUGUGGAGCUACUACUGUGCAUUCUUCUCAGAGCGUUCGUUGUACAACAAUGCAGACAUGGGAGUCGGGCCCGUCAGCUGGUCCAUGACACUGUUCCAGAGCUUGGCAACCUCCGCGGGCUGGGACCCUUCUCAGGGACCCGGGUCUACAUGCACAACAUCUGAGCGAUGUGUCGUCCCUUGGGGAAGAGGCGGCACCAAGUCUGUCAGCUCCGUUGUGCUCGUCGCAAACGGUCUCAGCUUUGCAAUCAUGACAAUCCUGUUCACAACGUUUGGCUCAGCAGCUGACUACGGCACAUUGGGACGUUGGUUGCUGCCCAUCGCCAGUGUCAUCUGUUGGGUUGCCCAGUUUGCGAGUAUGACCCUCACGAAACCCUCACGAUGGGGAGCCGCGAUGGCUCUCUACGUGAUCUCCUUUGUCUCAUAUGGUGCAACCCUCGUUCUCGUUUCCGCAAUCUUCCCUCGGCUCGCGCGCAACACUCCACACGCUCGCCGCCUGCGCGAAAGGCUCGAGAACCAUGAGGUCUCCAGAGAGGAGUACGAGCUUGAAGAGAGUCUAGAGAAGAACAGGAUCAGCAAUAUCAGCUCGUGUCAUAGCAACGUUGGGUACCUCUUCGUCCUACUUCUCGACCUGGCGACCUUACUGCCGCUCGCGAACAACGCCUUAGUCGACAACUAUACGAUAGUUCUAACGAACAUGUAUUGGGUGGUCCUCGGUGUAUGGUGGUUCAUCUAUCAACAGCCUCGACCUGGACCUCCGCUACCCUCGGGCGAGCAUUACCUGACUAUCGGCUGGAAGCAAGUCUGGCUGGUUCUGAAGCAGUGGAAAAAAUUGCCAUUCACCUUCAUGUACCUCUUCGCGUUUUUCCUGCUCUCUGACGGCCUGAACACCACUGGCACGCUCAUCACGAUAUGUCAGAAUGACCAGUUUUCCUUUUCCUUUCUUCAGAGCACGUACCUUGGCCUUGCGCAGGCUUUCACUUCCGUUGCCAGCACGCUCGGCUUCUGGUGGAUCCAAAAGCACUGGAAAAUCCCGACGAAGAAAAUGUUCAUAGUCACCAAUGUCUUCACAAUCCUCAUCCCUGUCUGGGGUAUGAUCGGACUGUGGACAACAAAAUUUGGUUUCCACCAAGUUUGGGAGUACUGGGCGUGGAAUGCCAUCUUCGGUCUGUUCCAGGCCCCGUACUACUGCUACUCGCAGACCAUGAUGGCAGAACUCGCGCCGCCUGGCUUCGACAAUAUGUUCUUCGCACUGUUCGGCCUCUCGAACCGCGCGUCGUCGAUCAUCGGACCGAACGUCAUCCAGGCCAUCAUCAAUGACACACAGAAUAACUGGAAAGGCUUCCCGUUCCUCGUCGCGCUGUGCACUGCGGCUAGUCUUGUCAUUUGGUUCGGAGUGGAUGUGGAGAAAGGUCGUCGCGAUGCGAUCACGUGGGCGGAGCAGAACCGGUCGUACGCGGAGACGGGUAUGUAUGCAAAGCAGGAUGCGUCGGAGUCGCUGGACUCGAAAGACUGUGGGGAGAAGUCAUGAGAUCAAUGUUGCGAGAAUCUUGGGCAAUGAAUGGUUAUAACCGCAUGAUGCUUGGGAAGAUGUUCUUGCGUGCUGUACGUCUGAAACCUGCGAAUAUCGUCGUUCUUCUCGGGCUUCAACGCCGUCGCGAAGAACGGCCAGCUGUCCACGACGGUGAACGACGGCCCCCUGAAGGGCACGUACAAAAUGGCGAGAUCAACACGGUGGCGAGUCACCAGCCAGUGCUCGUGGCGGUCGCGUAGCACGGUUCGCUUGAUGGCAUGGUCACUAGCUUCACUGUCGAAUGAAGAGCUUGACACUCGACUCACG